AUGGCGACCUUCGAGCAGCAGACGCAGCUCGUUGUGGAAGCCCUGCUCUUCGAUCUGCGGUGUGAGGAUGAGGGCGAGUGCCGCAGCCUGGAGACUGACUCGGGAGGUAGGGCCUAGCCCGCAGAAGAGCCCCCGACCGGCUUCGACCCCAUGGUGGUGGCCAGUCGCCUGCGGCGCAUAGGGGACCAGUGCAACUUGGAUUUUGAGAAGGUUUCCUCUGCACCGCUCGCCGAGGUCCUGAAGGGGAAGAUGGAGAUGUUUGGGGCUGCCGUGGACUCUCUCAGCAGGACCUGGAGUGACCAGAACCCCGAGCUGGGCUACGAGAGAGCAUUUCUCUCCAUUUCUGUUAAAUUGCUAACGUACGUUCUUCAGAAGAUUGGACCUGUGGUGCUCCCCACACAACUCACAGAAGUGAUUAGCGGAAAUUCUCGAGUGAGGAGCUACAUUGAGGCCUCUGGCGGAUGGGAGAACUUCGACAAUUGA